AUGGUCAAAGCUGUAGCUGUUCUAAAGGGUAGUGCAGGGAUCGGUGGUGUUGUUCACUUCGAGCAGGCCAGUGAGAACGAGAACACCACGAUCUCGUGGGAGAUCACAGGGAACGACGCGAACGCACAGAGAGGUUUCCAUAUCCACGAGUUCGGUGAUAUCACUAACGGGUGUGUCUCCGCUGGUCCUCACUUCAACCCUUUCAAGAAGACGCACGGUGCCCCCACCGACGAGGUUAGACACGUUGGGGAUAUGGGUAACGUGACCACGGAUGCUAAUGGUGUCGCUAAGGGGUCCAGAACGGACCCAUUGAUCAAGUUGCUUGGUCCAACCACUAUUAUCGGGAGAAGUGUGGUCAUCCAUGCUGGCACUGAUGAUUUGGGUAAGGGCGAUAACGAGGAAUCCUUGAAGACUGGUAACGCUGGUGGGAGACCUGCCUGCGGUGUCAUUGGAUUCACAAAUUAA